AUGGCAAACUCCGACUUAUCUCUGCCCAGCCCCACUCAGGUCGUACCAGAGUCCUCGAAAGAGACUACUCGGCCGAUUCUGACCUCCAACCAACCACUGCUGGCUUCGCAAGACGAAGACACUCCCAUUGACCACCACCCUACAGAGCCACACCCACAGCUCACGCUAGUGCACUCCAACUCGUCUGAGCAGUCCAUUGCACAUGUCCUCUCUGCGAGCUGGCCAUCUUUUGGCAACCACAGGGCCAAUUCCUUUGCCAACGGAACAGAAGGUGCCAACCAUCCAGAACAUCCGAGCUCCAACGACUACCCAGACGCCAAUGCGCCUUUGCUCUCACGUUCACAGCCCACGUCCAGGCGUGCAAGUGUGAUCUCCACAAAUUUGAAUAAAUUCACCCAGAACUACAUCAUAGCAGCCGCCAAAUGGGCGUAUUCACCUAUGUCGAAGAAACGAAAGACUAAGGUUGUGAACGAAAACGAGUACGUGAUCGAGUACUCGGUGUUCAAGCCAGUGGGCAGCCUUCCACCAGUCAGCGGCGAAGAGGAAUUGAGACAGCACUGGAAAUUAAUUCUCGAGUGGAACAAUCAAGGGUAUGCUAAGGAAGAAUCUUCGGGACUCCAAUGCCCUGAAAAUUACACCACCAAGCAGGAAUUUGACCAGUUGGUACAUCAGGUGACACAGAGCAUUGUAAAUAAAGAACUACAGCCCGAACGCAUAUCCCAGGGGUCUUCCGGAAGUUAUUUCCUCUACGCAAGAAAAACCAUAGAAUCAGAUGUCGAGACUUCAUACAAGGUGGGAAUAUUCAAGCCUAAGGACGAAGAGCCGUACGGUCCAUUAUCCCCAAAAUGGACCAAAUGGCUACAUAGAACUUUCUUUCCUUGUUUUUUUGGAAGAUCUUGCUUGAUUCCAAACUUGGGGUAUAUCAGCGAGGCAGCUGCUUCCAUUUUGGACAGACAGUUACUUUCAAAUAUCGUGCCAUAUACUGGAACCAUUCACCUAUCCUCCUCUUCGUUCUUCUACCGGUUCUGGGAUAAAUCCAAGCUUCCCCCCAAAAUUGGGUCGUUUCAAUUGUUCUUGAACGGAUACAUGGAAGCAGAAAAGUGGUUUCGGUUAUAUCCUAUCCCCCCGGAGGAAGAGCUCUUGCGCUCUCUGGAAAUUCGGGUGGGUGUGGACGAAGAGUUGCACGAGAAUUUCUUAAAUCCUCGGUUUGUGUGGUCACACGAGGUUGUGCAGCAAUUCCGUGAGGAGUUAGAGAAGCUAGUCAUUCUCGACUAUAUCAUGAGAAAUACUGAUAGAGGCUUGGAUAACUGGAUGAUAAAAUUGGUAUGGAGAACUACCCACGAAGGAAAGGCAUAUCGAAAAUUAAACCCAGUCAUCAAGAUAGGAGCAAUAGACUCGGGACUAGCAUUUCCCUGGAAGCAUCCUGACGAGUGGAGAUCAUUUCCUUUUGGAUGGUUAUUUCUUCCCUUAACCAUCAUAGGACAGCCUUUCUCCAUGAAAACAAGGAACCAUUUCUUGCCGUUGCUCACAUCCAAGUAUUGGUGGGAACAGACAGUGGUGAAAUUACGCGAGGUCUUUGAAAUCGACAACGACUUUAAAGAAAGGAUGUGGCUCAAGCAGUUGGCUGUUUUGAAGGGUCAAGCAUUCAAUGUGGUCGAAAUCUUGAAGCUUAGUCAUGCUGGGCCCUUGGAGCUAACUAGAAGUGAACAUUUGCUCGUCUGGGACGAUACGAUGUACAUUCCCAAGCUGCUUAACGAUGUGUAUAUAACACGGGCCAUGGAAUCGAGCAUCUAUGAUUUGGGAAGCAAGAACUAUCGAUCCACCAGAAACGAGGAUGAUAGUGUCGAUCCCAUUGACUCCUUGAACUCCAAUUACUUGCAAAAUGGCUAUUCUCCAAAGACAUAUACUGGACAUACAACUCCUUCUACACCUUUGCUUGCAGCCAAAAGUAAAAAGCCGUCUGUUCCAAACAUGAGCAGGAUUCAAGAAGACGGCGAAGAGCCUAGUGGAUAUGAUUACAACUUGACUUGCACGGAUGAUCGAGGCGAGGAAGAAGGCAACCGAAAGGUGAUCAUAGAGAGAUUGGAAAAGGUCGAGAGCAAACCUCCAUUCUUUACCUGGUGCUGA